AUGUCCUUUGGCGGCCCUGGUUCCGUCCUGUUCAUCUUGUUUUCUCUCUUCCAGACCCAGCCUGUUCCCAAUCCUGUGGCCUAUUUCAUGCACCAUUCGCCCUGGUGGUUCCAUGCGUUCGAGACGCUCUUUAACCAUUUCAUUGAGCUGAUAGUGCCUUUCUUUGUCUUCCUCGGGAGGCGCAUGUGCCUGAUCCACGGCGUUCUACAGAUCUUCUUCCAGGUACUGCUUAUCAUAAGUGGGAACCUGAGCUUCCUAAACUGGUUAACCAUCGUGCCUAGCAUAGCAUGUUUCGAUGAUGCCUCUUUGGGAAUCUUCUUUGGCUCCAGCCAAGGAUCUCUGAAGACCCACGUCCUGAAGAUACAAGCUGAAGAGGCAGCGGGAAAAGUUGGCCCUUUGCAAUACGGCAGCUACGUCCGCAAAGCUGUGAAUGUAUCCUUGGGGGCGCUGAUCAUCUUCCUCAGCGUUCCAGUGGUUCUCAAUCUGUUUAGCGCCCAGCAAAUCAUGAAUACCUCCUACAACCCCCUCAGGAUCGUCAACACAUAUGGAGCAUUUGGAAGCAUAACCAAAGAGAGAACCGAGGUUAUAAUCCAGGGGACAUCCAGCCCGGACCCCAACGACCCUGCUGCAGUUUGGGAAGAAUAUGAAUUCAAGUGCAAACCAGGGAACCUGAAGAGGCGGCCCUGCCUGAUCAGUCCCUACCAUUACCGUCUGGACUGGCUCAUGUGGUUUGCUGCGUUCCAGACCUACGAGCAGAAUGAAUGGAUAAUUCACUUCGCUGGAAAGCUGUUGGCCAACGAGGAGGAAACUUUGUCUCUUCUGGCCUUCAACCCGUUUGAGGGCAAGGCACCGCCCAAGUGGGUCCGGGGAGAGCACUACAGGUACAAGUUCAGCAGGCCAGGCGGGCAGCACGCCCAGCUGCAGAAGUGGUGGAUCCGGAAGAGGGUCGGGCCCUACUUCCCGCCGGUCAACCUCAAAGGGCUGAAGACGUUUUUCCAGGCUCGAAACUGGCCUGACCCGAAGCAGAGUUGAGCAAACACGGCUGGGGCUCCAAAGCUCCCGCCUGCGUUGUCUUCUUCUUUAUACAAAUGUAUACUUGUUAUUUGUACAAUAAAAAUGAGGUCG